AAGAGAGAGGGAAAAAAAAAAACAGACACAAAAAGACAAUAAGACUCACCUGACCUGAAAGUUGCAAACAACGGCCGAAACCCCUCCGUCGACGCAGAAUACCAGGGCUCUCGCGUGAGGACAUGGCGAGAUUCCUGCCGUCGACCUGGUGGGUGUUGGACUACCGCGACGAUGACCAACCCUUCCUCGGACUUGCGAGGAGCAUUCCAGCGACAAGAAGGUGCAUACAAUCGGUGGUGACGUCGUCCUCCUGGCUGGGCUCACGGCGGGGGAGAUCCGACCGUCAGCGAGACACCUCCGAGCUACUGCGAAGUUUGUGCGAAGCGGCCCAUCGACCAAAGGGACAGACGGAGCAGGAGCAUGUGAGUUGUGAGACUCGGGCCUGGCAAGUCAGCUCCAUUUUGAGUCGCCCUGGUGGCCCCCCCUGAGGAGCCAGUCCUCAAGACCCUGAUCCCCUUUGCAGGGACCCCCUUUCGUCCGUUUCAAGGCAAAGGCAGGCGAAGGAACUGUCUCCAGCGAAUCGCUGCUCGCCCGGGGACCUGUUGGCGCAGCAGCUAACGGAGAAGUCCAGCCGACGACGCCCAGUUAUGACAAACUUCCGACCCAUGUGCUGCAAAGAGUGGUGCCCAGGAAUCAAGUUCCUACACCAUCCUGUCCAAUCACCAUUACUCGACUGCGUCGACAAAGACAGCACCGCGGGGUCUUCAGGGUCCAGAAGCUGCGCGAUCUGAGAUCGUCGGCAUGCACACUGACAUAGCGGAAAACCUUUAUGAAGAGCAUCCGACUCGCCCUGGAACGCAAAAGCCGCCCGGUUCUUUGUUCCUUCACUGCAAACAAGCUGUAACUUGACCUUUUGGCUAACAGUUGAAUCGCAGCAACACCCAACCAAGCAAUGGCAUUCUACCAGGAACCCUUUUUCCUUGACCAGGGGUCACAGCAAUUUCAAGACGAAACAUACUUUACCAACUUUCAGUCUGACACUGACGACCACGACUUGGUGGCAAAGGACCUCAAUGCAUGGUCGCUCCCUCUGGAGACACAGCAGACACAGCCCAUGAGCUUCACCGUGCGGUCCUACCUUGAUGCCCCCUAUCUCAGCCCAUGUAUGGAACCCUUUGAGCCUGCUGGCGUCCAGACAGUCGGCCCCGCCCAACUACAGUUGAAUAACCCAGAGUUCCCCCUCGACUACCAGGCUGGUCGAUCGCCCGAGGCAGAAUUCGCUGCACUCGGGCCCAGGGACGACGGCAGCGACAACUCGCCUCUGUCGUCGCCCAGCCUGGCCGACACUGAGACAUACAGCUCCAAAAAGUGCCUUCCCCGCAGUCGUGGUGCCCCCCGCUCUUCAGUGUCGUCCUCGUCCCAACCGAAGAAGGGGAGACCCCGGAAGAGGCGCAACCAGUCCAACUCGUCCAGCGAGGAUGAGUCGGCCAUUCUCAAAGCAAAGUUCGCCCACUCCGUGAUUGAGAGACGCUAUCGUGACAAUCUCAAUGGCAAGAUGAUGCAGCUCCACCGCGUGCUUCUAACCGCAGAGACCAGUCAAACCUCGCCCGCCUCUCAAUUCAGCGCCGCUUCCUCACCUACAGGGCCCACGCUUUCAGGCAGAGUCCGCAAGUCCGACAUCAUGUCCCGGGCAAUCAACUACAUCCAUCAGUCGGAGGUCGAGAUCCGACACCUGGAUGAUGAGAUCAAGCGCCUACAGGACCAAGUCGGCGUCUUUCAGAAACUCGUCAACUGCGACGACUGCUCGGUACUCAAGGACAUGGUGCAACUCGGCGUUCAAAAGCAGUGACAUUGUGCUUCCCCAACAAGUUCUUUGUCGCGUGUCUUUCUUCCGCCCCGUGUCCUCGCCCUCCUCAUCCGCCUCCGUCCUCCUUCCCAGGACCACCUCGUCUUUUUUCUACUCCGCUUCGCUUUUUUUUUGUUUUCCUAUCUCCCAGUCUUCUUUGCAUGACUGUCUGUGGAGAAGGUUUUGAGUGUAUCGGUCCACAAGUGUAUCGCGACCCUUAGCGUGGGUGGAAAAAAAUCCUUGUUCUUUCAAUGUUCCGGAGUCCAUUGAAACGAGUCAUCAAGUACUCCCCGUACAAAAGGUUAUUUGUCGGGUCUAUUUGGGAUCUUGCUGCUAUCGGAGGCAAACUGUGCUUUGUUUCUUGUCCCUUUUGGGUGGUUUGAGGGAGGGGGGAGGGAGUACUUUUUUCUUUAGGGGAAUGGAAUCUGUUUAGCGGCAGCCAAGCGGUCAGGGAAGGAAGGUAGACAGGCAGUGCCCGACGGAGAAGUAGCGGGAGAAUCACGAAGCAUACAUUAAUAGUGGUGGUGAUGAUGAUGAUGGUGGUGGGUGAUAAUGAUGAUGACAAUGAUGACGAUGAUGAUGCAUCGACCGGGUCAAGGUGCGUUAGGAAAAAGGGCAGCGCCGACAAAGUCUCGGAAGUGAGCCUUCCUCGAGUCGGGGAAAUACCAGAUAGUAAUGAAAAAUUACCCCUUUUAAUCGAA